AUGCUGACCGCUUUCUUUAUAUUUCAUCCUUUGUUCCCCCCAAAUAUUUGCCAUACUAAUAAAAUGUUUCAAGAUAUUUUUUGUAUGAAACGCAAGAAGCUAACUUUUGCACAAACAACACUGCCUCUGCCGUAUGAGUAUAAGCUAAGAAGGUACAAACCCAGAAGAAUCAAGAAGGAUGAGUCUAAAGAGGUCGAUGAGAUAGAAAGGUUUGCAACAUACAACACGGGAAGAAAGCAGGAAGAGAAAGAAACAGCGCAGUCGCAUAAUGUGGUUUUAAGAAGACAUGUGCGAAGAAAAGACUUGGAGUUAAAAGUAAGAAAGAAUGCCAUGGAUGCAGAUGGGAUAAAGGAACCGCCGGUACCUUCUCAUUUUGAAAUUGUUCCUGUGAAGGAAGAGUCGAGUAAUGUAGUGUAUACAUUUGAUGUUGUUCCUUGGGAGAGCACUGUAGAUGGCAUUCCUAAUGAAGGGGAUACGGAAGAUAAACUUCUACUAGAUCAUAAUUACGAUAUAUUACAGUGGGAGCAAAGGGUUGUUUAUGAUGAUGUUAAUAUUAAUACUACCCGGCUGGAUACACAUUUAGUCAUAGAUGCCAAUGAUAAAAACCUAUUAUUUGAUAUUAUAGACAAGGAGAGUCCCAAAGAGAAAAAACCCAAGAAGAAAAGGCAUCAUAUACGGCUACUGUCUGGUAAGUAUAAUAUAUCUGGGGACAAGAAUUAUGUUGAGCCAAAUGAGACAUUAAAGAGUGCGCUUGGUAUACAGGGCGUGCAGCACUCAAUUCCUGCCUUAAAGCUAGCACCAGAGCUUUAUAAGACGUACUUAAGCAAGGAGGAGUUACGGGCAUUCCAUCGGCCUCCUUUGCAUAUGACAGGAGGAACUGAAAUUAAAUUCUGCCCUUUAAUAGAAAGCACCGCGAAGCCUUCUUCAAUUCUAAAGAAAAAGAAAGAACUAACACUGCGGGAUACUGCAGACUUUGUUCUACUAGAGUAUUCAGAAGAAAUACCUCCAUUAAUUAUGAAGAGCGGUAUGGCCAGUAUUAUAACUACUUUUUACAGAAAAAGUACGUCAAAGGAUAAUCCUUCCUUUGAGCCAGAAAUAGGCAGUUUGACCGUAUUAGAGCCAAAGGAUCCAUCUCCAUUUCUUUUCAUUGGGGAUGUCCAGCCUAAUGAAGCUAUUUCUGGGGUAGUUAAUAAUUUGUACAAGGCCCCUCUGGCCUUUCACGCAAGCAAGGAUUUAAUUGCAAUUAGACCAAAGGGAGAAAAAACUUCAUAUUAUAUUCGGACAAUAGAUUCAGUUGGGUGUGUAGGGCAGACUCUUCCUUUAGACGAGGCAUUUAGCCCGCAUUCCAGGCGGCAUAAUGUGUUUUGUAAGAAUCGAAUGAAGGUGGCUGCUUACCGGCUGUUUUAUGAGAAGGGAAACAAAGAAAGGAAGAUGUACAUCUACCAGCUAGAUGAGCUAUUUCCUCAUUUUAGCGAGGGCAGCAAAAGAAAGUGGCUUAAAGAGUAUUCUGAGUGUAUAAAGAAAGGGAAAGAUAAUGUGUGGGUUUUAAAGCCCUCAGCGUCUCUUCUGAGCGAAGAAGAUCUCCGCCGGGCAGUUACUCCAGAAAAAGUCUGCCAAUACGAAAGUAUGUUGGCCGAGGAGCGUCGCUUAAAGGAUGCUGGUAUUGUUCUAGCAUCUGUAGAAGAAGAAGCUGGAGAUGAUGAUGAACUCAAACUGACUGUAUGGAAUUGUACAAGAAACUUUGUAAAUGCAACCAACGGAAAAGGCAUUCUGGAGAUAACCGGAGCAGGCGAUCCCACGGGAAUUGGCGAGGGAUUUAGCUUUGUCCGAGCAAGAAGAAAAGAAAAGGAAACCGAAGAAGAUGGCGAGAAAAAGACAACUGUAGAGCAGAUGCAGGAGUAUAAGGAUGAGAUUAAAAAGAUAUGGGAUGCACAGAUUCACUCUCUAAAAAGCACUAAACUACCAGAGCCCCCUGUAAGAGAAAAGGAAAAAGAAAGCAUAAAAACCAAGAAAAUAUUCACAGAGACAAAAACAGGAAAGAUUCUUUCAAUAACCAGAACUAUCAUGCGCGGAGACAAAAAAAUCCAAGAAACAGAAGUGGUUGUUGAUCCUCGCGUGAUAGAAGCGUACAUGAAGUCAAGAAAGAAGCAGAAAAAAGAAGAAGCCAGAACUUCUUUAAAGUGCGGUUCAUGCGGCCAGAUAGGGCACAUGAAAACAAAUAAAACAUGCAUGAACUAUAAAGGAAAGACCUCAGAAAAAAAGGAUAAAAAGAAAAGUCCCUUACUGGUCCUGAGUGAAAUCAUUAUAGGAGUGAUUAAAGAACUGUUUGCUGUUCCCUUCUCAAUUGCAUUCCACCGACCUGUUUCGAUUAAGAAAUUCCCAAACUAUCCCAAUUUUAUUCCCAAUCCAAUUGACCUUACAACUAUGAAAAUGAAAGCCCGUAACAGUGAGUACAAGACAUACAAUGACUUUAUUAAAGAUGUACAACUAAUGAACAGUAACUGCAGUACAUACAAUGGAGUGGGCCACUCUCUAACUAAAAUAUCCGAGGAAAUGCUUGGCGUAGCAAUUACUGCCUACACAAACAACAAAGAAGCCAUUGAUAUGUUAGAAAGUGCUUUAAAUAAUAAUAAUGAUGAAUAA